UCCUGGGGCAAAACAGAAAGCAAACUGGUCACUCCUGACCUCUUAACAAUAAGCUACUCUAAUUGAUUUCUUAAAAGCUUUUCAUCUUAAAAUUUCAGUGAUGCCAGCUGAUAACAGAACAAACAUACAGUUGUAACAAUAAAGGGAAGAAAUAAUCCUCUUAAUGAGACAUUUGCUGAAAAUGGGUAGAGUGGCAAUGAUGAGCAUCAGGGGGUAAAAAGUUUGAAUGCAAAGUAAAAUUAAGGUGGUUCAAAUGCAACCUAAUCGCGGGGCGAUGCCUUGUCCUCGGUUAUCCCUCCUGAACUGGGCACACUCUCUUCGACUCUUGCAUCCGUGUCUCCUUGUCCAAAAUGAUAACAUAUUGCCCCAAACCUCCCAUGACCCAGUGCUUUCACUCCUAUUGGCACUUGUUACCUAACUGCACCGGGCUGUGCCAUCACAAUCACGGCAGUGAAGCAACCCUUCAUCAUUCUACUUCCCACAGGAGCUAUUUCAGAUCUUCUCUCUCCAGCCACUCGGGGAGGGAAUUGGCCUCAUACGUCCAGGACGGAAACGGAGGCAUUGGCUGGACGCUCUCUUCUGGUCUCAGACAAGGACGCCGCCCUUCUCUGUACCAUCAUCGAUGCUCGUCACCCGUUGCUGACCCAGUAAAAAUGGCGUAUUCAAAAUCAAGAGUUCAAAGAAACGCCAGCGGCCAGUCCCAGCCUGUCCCUGAGCCAGCAUCUCCUGCACAUCUUCAGCGUUUGCGCGCUAAUCCCGGCUCAGUCUCCCCCUCAUGUCCAGUCGAACGACUCCGCCGUCUGCUCUCUGGGCCCAGGAGAACAGCCGCCUCUCCCAGAACAGGCCUUGCAAGGCCUGAAGACUCGCACGUGCUUUUUCCCAGCUGCUUCAAUGCAUCUCCACAGGGAGGACAUCGGCCGUCCCGGCUCCACCAGGUUCAGUCAUUAGAUGCCUACGACGUGCCGGGCCCGGGGACAAAAAGGGAGCGAUCCUGCCUCUCGGAGGCUCUACGUUCUCCUGAGGAGCGGAGAAGUCUAGUAUGGAACGUCGUGAGGGAGGAAGUGCACAGGCCAGGGGGGAGGCCUUUGAAAUUCAGACUGGACUUUCUAUUGGAUCGGAAACAGAACAGGGAAACACGGUUUCUGGCAGCUUUGCAGAGCGUAAACUGGACACAAUUAGGAAGCCACUUGAGCCCUCCAAGCAGGUGGCCUCCCCCUUUCUGGGGUUGUGCAGGGGCAUCAUUUCCUGUCAGCCACCUGCACCCCUGGGGUGAGCUCCUGAACUUGGCCUGGCGGCAAGGACUGUGUGAAGGAAAUCACGUGAGCGGACGGGUCAUGAGGACAGAAUGGCAGCCAGAGAGGCAGGGCGCGGGUGUCCCCAAAACAAAGCUGUCCUGGGCUCCUGAGAGAAGCACGUGAGGGUUAGCAGAGGGAGAAAAAGUUUGAUCAACUCAGGCAAAAGCGGAUUUCGAUCUCUUCUCUUCUGUGUUGGUGGCUGGCCGGACUUUGCUGUGCGUGUGGCUCGGGGGCCCCACUAGCAGCCACACGGCAGCAAACUAAAUGGAGCAGCAAAGAAAGUACCCCCCCCCCCCGUUUUUCCAUCUUUUAUCUCCACUGCUUUUGACCGAAUAAAAUGAUUACUAUGUG